GUCCGCAGUCUGUGGUCAGCUCCUGUACUAUGGCUGCAGUCUGUGGUCAGCUCCUGUACUGUGUCCGCAGUCUCUGGUCAUCUCCUGUAGUAGGUCCGCAGUCUGUGGUCAGCUCCUGUACUAUGGCUGCAGUCUGCGGUCAGCUCCUGUACUGUGUCCGCAGUCUCUGGUCAUCUCCUGUAGUAGGUCCGCAGUCUGUGGUCAUCUCCUGUAGUAGGUCUGCAGUCUGCGGUCAUCUCCUGUAGUAGGUCCGCAGUCUGCGGUCAUCUCCUGUAGUAGGUCCGCAGUCUGUGGUCAUCUCCUGUAGUAGGUCCGCAGACUGUGGUCAUCUCCUGUAGUAGAUCCGCAGUCCCUGGUCAUCUCCUGUAGUAGGUCCGCAGUCUGUGGUCAUCUCCUGUAGUAGGUCCGCAGUCUGUGGUCAGCUCUUGUACUAUGGCUGCAGU